UAUGCCAACAACAGUUCACCGCUGGUGUAUUUGGCACAUCAUGAAGAAGAUUCCAAGCAAAUUAAACGGGUACAAGGCACACGCCGAUGUCGAACAACAAAUGAGCCAUGUUGUUUGGAACUCUCACAGCAAAGACUCAUUCGAUAGGAAUUGGAACGAUUUUCUGGUGAAUUUUGGUCUUGCGGACAACAAGUGGCUCUCAGAUCUGUACGAAGACCGUCACAUAUGGGUUCCUAUCUAUCUGGACCACCACUUCUGGGCAGGGAUGAGAAGCACACAAAGGAGCGAGAGCAUGCAUUCAUUUUUUAACAAGUACAUCACCCGUAACAGCUCGCUCAUUCAGUUCGUCAAACAGUACGAUAAUUGCCUCGGAAGCAGGGAGCAAGCAGAGAGAGAAUCAGAUGCUGCAGAUUUUCAUACGGUCAUACCAUGUGCAACCAAAUCCCCCCAUCGAAACUCAGUUUCAAGAUGCGCUAUUCAGUAUACGAAGUUGGAGAACAAGUUUCCAGCUCAAUAUUGGACAAGUUCGCGGUUACCUACGACUCAGUUGCAGCCGAGGUACAUACUGGAACGAUGGAGCAAGAAGAUAAACCUGUUUGAUGCUGCAUCAGCGGCGCAUUCAAGUAGCAGCCAAUACCAGGGACAAGUUAUAAAUUAUCAGUUCAGGGUACCAGCAGCAGGGGAUAACUCUUUGGGUGUAUAG